AUGGGGGCAGGUUCAUCAAAUCAAACACGAGACGUGACAUUUCAUCCUGAUGACAUUAUAGUAAGUGAAGAAGUAGUUAACAGGAUCAGGAAGGCUGCUGCUCCAGUAAAGGAAACAGAAAGUGAGGUUCAUACUCCUGAGUCUUUCAAGGCGAAAUAUAGCUUGAGUUUGAAACAUGAACUUGAAGAAGCGGAAAAAAGAUACGAAAAGAGCCUACGACUCAUAGAACACCGUGAUGAAGAAUUGUUUAAUAAGGCUGCAGAGGAGUACACUCGCACAGUUGAGCGCUUGGAAAACAAGUACAUGAGGCCUACUCCUGGUGGUUGUUGUGCUGCAGCUGAACAAAGAGUUGAAGAUUGUUACAAACAAAAUCCUGGACGGAUACUUUUGUGUUCUAAGUUUGUUACAGAGUAUGAUCGAUGUGUGCAAAAUUUUCUUGUUACGUUGUCUAGGAAAAUGUCGAAUACUGCUUAA